AUCAAAAUGGCUGCGGUUCUCCAUCGAACUCCAGAUGUUGCAGGUAAAAUAUUGUCUACUAUGCUUCAUUAUUAUUUCUUUUUAGACAAUUUAUAGCUGGAAAUGAACCUACAACAAAAUGAUUAAUGCUACCUAACGAUAAAAGUAAAAAAAAAUGUUUUUUCUGAUCAAGACAAAAUCAAACAAAGACUAAAUAAUUUUAAAAGCUUCGAUUUAAGAUUGACAAGAACUAAAUAAUCAAUAUUAGCCUUUUCCUACUUGGAAUUUAAUUCGAUCAAGCAGACUACAUAUUUAACUGAGUUAUAUCUACCUCACUUAAAUAAUAAUAUCACGAUUAGCCGAUUACAAGAGGAAAUCUUGGCUAAGGUGAGAAAAAUUAGUCCAUGAAUAUUCGAACGGAUAUGGUGAACAGUUCUUGGGAAUGCUGCCGAAAGUGGGUAUUAGAUCAAGGACUAUUGGGUCAAUAUAAACAUCUGUACAAUGCCCAUAGCGUUACCUGGUGUAUGCCGCGAGUUAAGUUGCAUGUUAUGAUUGAUUUCUCAGGCAUGGAUGUACCUUUAAAGAACCCAGUUAUAAAACCAUAUUACCGAGAUGGCUUCGGCAGUAAGUCAAUAGGGGAGCCAGAGUGGAGGCCACAUCCCAGAAACGCUCUCUCUGUGCCUGGUAGACUUGAUAACACCGCAAAGUAAGUUAACGUGAAUGAUCAUCAAACAUAUACUUUUUCGAAGAAUUGGGAUUUCUAAGCAAGAUCAUCAGGUAUCUAGUUUGUGACCUUAUCAACAAGAUUUUGAUAAUGGGCUGAAAUUAAGUGCUCUAAGAUACCAAUUUCAAGCUCUCAAAUCAAAGAAAAAUUACUUACGUGUUUUUAUGGUACUUACUUAGCAUGUAUCAGGUUACAUGCAUUCACGUUUGUAAAAAAAAAAGAAAGAAAAAUUGUUUGAUGACCACCAACUUGAAGAUGGCCGAAGUAUUGGCUGGCCCAAGUAAUCUGCAAUGUAUUUAAUAUAUUCAAUAUAUUUUUCAGGUCUUAAGCAUUUUUUUCACCUUGUGAUUAUAAAUGACAAUUAAACAUUUUGUUAUAUUUACAAUACUCCUGAAUCACAUUCACUUCAAGUAUAAAAUGUAGUGUUAAACAUUUCAUUUAGUUUUGCAUUGAUAUUGUUUCUUUAGAGGGGGCAAUGGUCUUGACUGGACUUCGAGUAUUCGUUGUGCACCUUUAGAGGAAGCAAGACAAACAUCACGCAGGCCAAGCAAGGAAGCACCACCAUACUACAGCGUGAAAAACAGUGUCAAGUCUACAGCCAGGGAGGAGGGUGAGGCUUCAACUAUAUACACACCUUACAAAAAACUUGCAUAAUUUCAACAAAAAUUUAAGAAUAGUGGUGUUAAACAUAGGUAACCCCUGGGUUCAAACCAUUUAGCCCACUAAUUCAAUCAGUUACAAAGUGAAUGAAUGAACAAAUUAUUGAAUAAUGAAUACAGAUGACAUAUGAUCAGGACUGUUCAGUCCUUGUUAAAGUGAAGUCUUCUUUUGAAAGAAUUUGUUUUGAAAUUCACUGUGUCAACCGAUGAUAAGUGUUAACUUGGUUUUGUACAUCCAUGUAUUCAGUGCUGGUCUCAUGAUAGUUGUGGUUCAUUGUGUUUCAUUUUAGCAGCCCAAGCAUCCCACACAGACAAUAUAGAGGAAGAGAAACCCUAUAGCGUCAAGCCUACAGUUGUAUAUGACACAUAUGAUGAUUUUGAACAAAUUUAUUUGAGAAGACCACUGGAGAUAUCUCUAAGAAUGUCUGUUGGGGCAAAGAAAUCAGGUAUGUCUUCCAGGAUAUUCAACAGGUGUAUGUAAUCUUGUCUUCAAAAUACGAGUGUAAUUACCUAGCAUCAGUUUCCAUAUUCUUUAUACUCUUCUCUUCUUCCUUUUGUAAUGACCAGAAUAAUUUCUUCAUCAAUCAAAGCUUCUUAUGUUGGGAAUCAUUUUUUUUAUAUUCUUGUAAUCUAAUUGAAUGAUCCAGCAGUAUUACUGUAAGGAGAAAUUAGAGGCUGAAGAAUUGUAGGGUUUGAAGGAUUACAGGGUUACAUGGGUUAUAUGAUUGUAAUACAUAAAUUUGGGAUUCAGCUCUGAGUUUUAUCCAAAGAAUUGUAUUUGGUUAUGAUACAUGUAGGAAUCAAUUUUUAACCACAGGGUGAAAAAAAGAGUAAGAAGGCUUUUCCAUUUUAGGGACUUUUGUAAGGUUCUAAUCUUCUUCAGUUUAACCCUUUCCACCCUAACAUCAGUAUGGAUAUACUCCAUACUGUUUUCUAUACCUUUCCUAAGGUGCUGACAAGGAUAAUUUGUUUAUCAAUGGAGAGAAUAUUUAUUUGGUGAUCAUUUCCUAUACCCUGGUGAAAAACCUCACAGGAUCUUUGAGGAUCUUCAAGGAUUGACAAAGACCUGCCAAAGAUCCUUAAGGACAAGGAUCUUUAAAAGAUCUUUAAAGGAUCUGUAAAAGAUCCUCAAAGAUCUUUGUAAGCAAAAACGUUUGUUAAGAUCCUCAAGGAUUUGAUAAAGAUCCUCAAAGGAUAUUACAAAGAUCCUCAUAAGGAUCCUUGCAAAGUUCUUUUCAAGGAUCCUUCAAGAUCCUCAAGGAUUUAGCAAGGAUCUUUCAAAGACCCUCAAAAGAUCCUUUCAAGGAUUCUUUCAAGAUCUUUGUAAGGAUCCUUAAGGAUUUAAUCAGGAUCUUGCAAGGAUCCUAGUCAAGAUCUUUGCAGGAUCUUUUUGAGGAUCUUUCAAGAUCCUCAAGGAUUUAAUGAGGAUCUUUUAAAGACCUUCCAAAGAUCCUUUCAAGGAUCCUAUUAAGAUCUUUGCAAGGAUCCUUAAGGAUUUGAUCAGGAUCUUACAAGGAUCCUACUCAAGAUCUUUGCAAGAUCUUUUCAAGGAUCCUUCAAGAUCCUCAAGGAUUUAAUGAGGAUCUUUUAAAGACCUACAAAAGAUCCUUUCAAGGAUCCUGUAAAGAUAUUUGCCAGGAUCCUUAGGAAUUUGAUCAGGAUCUUACAAGGAUCCUUAAGUCAAGAUCUUUGCAGGAUCUUUUCAAGGAUCCUUCAGGAUCCUUAAGGAUUUAAUGAGGAUCUUUUAAAGACCUUCAAAAGAACCUUUUAGGGAUCCUGCUAAGAUCUUUGCUAAGAUCCUUAAGAAUUUGAUCAGGAGUUACAAGGAUCCUAGUCAAGAUCUUUGCAUGAUCUGUUCUACAAUCCUUCAAGAUCCUCAAGGAAUUGAAAAGGAUCUUCCAAAUAUCUUUAAAAGGUUCAUUUCAUGAUUUUGUACAGCUCUUUGUAAGGAUCCUUUUUGAAUUUGAUGUGGAUCUCAAAGGCAACUUUGUCAAGAUCUCUACCACAUCUCUGCAUUAUGAAUUAGGUUCCUUUGAAAUCCUCAAGUAAUUUCAAACAUAACAAAAUUGUAAAUUGAGGGCUCACUGUUUUAUAAUUUAAACACAUCAAGGAAUUUUCGCAGAAAAUUAUUGUGCAAUGAGUGUAAUGAAGGUUUGCGCAUAGCAACGCCAUGCUCGAGGCUUUCGGGAAACUUUGUGACUACUUACAUGACAACAAAUAGGGUUUUGCAUUAUGGGAUAGGAAUUUAUACGCGCCGAGAUUUUUAACGGUCGCAUAAAAACAUAAGAAGCUCGUUGUUACGGCAAAUAUCAUCGAUAAUGGUCGGAACUAAAGGGAAAAUGUACACAGAAAUAAAAGUAAAGGAAAGGCGUUUUCUGGAGUUCAGAAACAAGCGAAAAGAGAGACAGAAACAACCGAAAUCGUCAAUCAAACUCCAAGCAGGUCUCGCGAUUGCUCUGAUUGAGGCUGAAUGAAAAGAAUUCAUUGGUACUUCUGGAAAGAAAAUGAAGAUGCCAUCCUCGCCUAAUGAUUCUUGCUCUGAGCUCUUGGAGAGUGAGGAUGCAAAUGAUGUGUUACAGGGACAAGGAUACAGGCUUAUCGAUCUAGAGAGAUUCUCCUCGACGCUCACUGAAGGACAUGUUUCUGAAGAAGGUGUGAAUUUACUUGGUUCUCUGUAACCAACUUAAAAAGCUCUUUUAGAGGUUGUCAUAUGAAUUCCCGAAAACACUUAUUUUGUACCUCAGGAUGUAUUAGUUCAAUUAAUCUGAAGUUUUCAGGGCUGUAUCCUCUUACUGAGUUGAGUUGGAUAAGCUGACAGUUUCUCUAUAAGCUGAAUUUUAAGUAAGAUAUUGUGGAAUAACUCACCUAAUAAUCUCGGUGAACUUUGAACGGGCACUGUGCCCAUAAUAUAAACGACUCCAAAAGUUCCUCAGCUCAUCCAAAAGAACGACCCUAGUACUUUGUUUUGACACUAAAAACACUUGAUUUCAUGCAAUCUUUGUGCAGUUAUCUUUUCUCAAGUAUACCUAGGUUUUUCACACCAUGUGGUGGACAAAUUGAUCUGAUGUCAAAUAACAAAUUAGUUUAGGGCAACAUAUUAGUUAUAUUCAGUAUGUGUGAUUCCUAAAGUUUUCCUUUGGUAUAUAGGUUAAUAUGGUUCAGAAAUAUAGUCAUUGAAGUACUCUUGUUUGCCUUUUUUUCAUGUUUACCCCCUCAGUAAGAGUAGUCUGAGUCUGGUCAUAGUCUAUUCCUAGACAAGUUUAACACAUAUAUUUUGGUCUUCUUAUCUUUGAGCUGGACUGUUGCCAGAUUUUUUGGAAAAUGAAAAUCUUAGUACUAACCUAAAGUCUGAACAGAAAUAGUGUAGAAGUAGUCCUACUAGAAGAGGAUGGGUAAUUCUCGUUUAGCAAUAAAAAAAAGUUUUAUCUUCAUUUUUUUAUGUUUGGUUCAAUUUUUCUUUUUAACUUAGUAUGAGGAUUUAAGUAUGCUUAUUUUCUUGUCAAAAUUUCGAAGGUUCUAUAACAUUCUUGCUAAGAUCCUCAACAAUCUUCCAUUUCCUUGCCAGGAUCUUCAAGGUUCACUGACAUUCUUGUCAAGAUCUUUAAGGAUCUUCAAAUCUCUUGCAAAGAUCUUUAAUUUGGCUGUCAAAAUCUUCAAGGAUCUUUCUUUUUUUUGCCAAGAUCUUCAAAGAUCUUUCAAUUUAUUGCCAAGAUCUUUAAGGGUCUUUUAUUUUCUUUCCAAGAUCUGUAAGGAUCUUCAAAAUUUUCAAAAAGAUCCUUGAAGAUCUUGGCAAGAAAAUGAGAGAUCCUCAAAGAUCUUAACAAGAAUUUGGAAGAUCCUCAAAGAAUUUUCAAAGAUCUUUAAAGGAUCUUCAAAGUUCAUGUAAAGAUCUUUGAAGAUCCAGACAAGAUCUUCAAGGAUCUUGACAGGAAAAUGAAAGAUCCUUAAAGAUCUUGGCAAGAAAGUCAAAGAUCCUCAAAGAUCUUGGCAAGAAAAUCAAAGAUCCUUGAAGAUCUUGGCAAGAAAAUCAAAGAUCCUUGAAGAUCUUGGCAAGAAAAUCAAAGAUCCUUGAAGAUCUUGGCAAGAAAAUCAAAGAUCCUUGAGGAUCUUGGCAAGAAAAUCAAAGAUCCUUGAAGAUCUUAACAAGAAUUUUGAAGAUCCUCAUGAAGAUCCUCAAGAGGAUCCUCAAAGGUCCUCAUGAAGAUCUUGUAAGAUCCUUAAAGAUCCUUGAAAGAUUUUCACCAGGGAUAUUCUUGUGACCUUACUGUGUCAUGCUGGGGUUAUACUGUUGGAAGAGAUAAGAUGCUGGUCACUCUCAGGGGUUAAAGGGUUAAAGAUCAUAUGAUACUGUAACUCCUUAUCAUUAUGUUUAUUAACCUUAAUUGCAAACUCAAUGCCAAAAAAAAAAAAUGCAAUAAAAAAUCCAGCCUUCCUUUUUUAUUUUUAUCAAUUAUAUAUUUGUUAAAUAAAUUUUCAAUAUAUAUUUCAUACAAAUCCUGAUUAAUUAUUACAUCCUUUCAGUAUUUGAACAAAGAAAUGGUAUCCCUGCAGCCUCACUAGGAGAUAAGAGUUACCAGGUCCCAGAAUACUCAUCUGACUUCCAUAAACAGGGAAGUACAAGGCCUGUUGUUAACUUUGGGUGAGUACAAACAUAGUUAUGUGGAUUUAUUUAUUUAUAAUUAUAGGCUUGUGCCAGAUAAAAAUGGUUCUGCAAAGUGUGCAUAAAAUGUACACAUCUAUUUUGUCAGUGGAUCAGACCCAAUUGAAUGCAACUUGACAAUAUUUACCUUUUGUGAACCAAACUAAGGGUUAUAAUCAAUAAACUCAAAAAUUGAAAAAAAAAAUUAAGGUGAUUUCUUGGGAAGUUAUAUUUAAAUCACACUCGUUUAACAUUUUUUUUUUUAAUUAGAGGUUCUCUAAAAUAUGUUCCAGACACCUUUGUUCCUCUUCAAGAUUUGCCAUCCAGACCAAGGUAAGUCAUAGGAUGAAAUAAAAACAUGAUUCAGUUAUGAUAAUUUUGAGAUUGUUUCAUCAAAUCAAACUUAAUAGUUUACUACAUGUACAAGUGAUACCUAAAUGUACAUGCUCCUUCAUCUUGUUUUAUCUUCAAGAACCACUUUUGAAGAAAGAGAGAAGAGAAAGGCAAAGAAAGAGGAAAUUGAGGAGGUUAAAAAUUUAGAUCAUUGGAGACCAGCUGAUUUGCUAUCACCUGUGUUGCAGCUUCCUGAAUCACAUGGAUGACAUACAGCAACCAAGAGUUAGCCUUAGAAUCAAUUUCUACAAUUGUAGCUGAUAAUGUAAGGUCAGGCUAUUCCCUUUAAAACUUUAGUUAUUGCCUGUAGCACAGUAGGGAAUUAAUGCAAAUUAGUGGAGAGCAAAGCAUAAAUUGAUAAUUGAUAUUCCACCCAAAAGUGAACUCUGACUGGCCUGUUCUUCUAAACACCAGGUUACAAAUGAUAAAGGCAAUCACUUGUUUCCAUGCAUUAGUCUCUGUAUUAUUUAUCUCGUGGUGAGGAUUAACUGUUUUUGGACAAGUGCUCUUCUGUAAAUAUACUUCAUGGUAAUGAUACAAAAAGGAGAAAGUUCAAGAAAUCAUUUGCUGUCACCAAUAAACACAAUACCACUAUUAAAUAUAUGGAAAGUGUACUUCUAGACCAAGGACAAUAUCAAAAUUAGGAGGGAAAUAGAUUUUAACUGAUGUAAUUUUUAAGACACUUGUAAAGCCUGCAUAAAUUACAUUUGUGUUAUUUGGUGUUUGCAAUCACAUGCCUGCCUCGGUCACACCUAUCUACAGAAAUCUUGACCUGAAUUGUCUGAUAACUUGCAUUGACUUGCAGUAGUGACAGUUUUCUAUAGAUCAUUAGCUAUAGUUACCAGAAAAGUACAUGCAGGUCACUUCUUUAUGAAGACAUUGGCCAUUCAAUGAAACUUUCAAAUUAAAGAAAAAAAACAAGCUUUAAAAGUUCUAAAUUUUCUAAGUCAAUGCUCUGUCAUUGUUGGAAAGUGUGACUAGAGGGAUAGUUCUGCUAAUAACUGAACCUGACUUAAUCAAAGAAGGGCUUUUUUGUCACCAAUUUGUCACAAACUGCAGUUCAAGAUUCAUUAAUUAAUACAUAUUUAAAUAUUCUUGCUUUGCAUUAAAUCUGGGGCCACAGGGUGGAAGUAAUGUUGUAGGACCAGCUUUGCAUAAUGGUGUACAAAACUUUCAGUUUAAAUUCAUAAAGAUAUCAAUUCAAAAAACCUUUCCAAAAGAUGGAUAAAAAGGUCUAAUACCUUAUUGCCUUCUAUUUUUGAUAAAAGACUUUUUGCAAAUAUUUUGUUGUUGUAUAGUUCAUAUUUGAUCCUGUACAUAUAUUUUCAAUGCACACAGUAUUUGCUAAGAAAAUGCUAUUUUUUAAUACUGAAC